GUUAUGUAGAACAGGUCAGUAAUCACAGCGGGACAGGCAUAUGGUCAGAGGGUGGGAGAGGGGAGGACAGACAAAGCGCCAGAGAGUGAGAGGAAGCUGGAGAAUCUGUCACUUUCAGAGAGACUCAAAUAUUUUUAUUCGCCCGCAUCUGCUUCAAUUUGACCACCGCACAGUUAACCACAAACUGCACAGAACCCGCCUGGGUUUUUAAAGCUGGACGUCGGUGCGCUCAGCUGCGGUGAGGAGACAGGCUGAAUGCCAUGGACCCGCUGCUGCCCACAGACCCGGAGAUGAUGGAGCGAGAGGCGGACAAGGAUGCGCGGAGGAAGAUCCAGUUCUCUGUCCCGUCCUCCGUACCUCUGCAGCUGGAUCCGCGACAGGUGGAGAUGAUUCGACGCCGGAGGCCAACACCUGCCACUCUCUUCAAACUGACAGACCCGCCAUCACCAGAGGAGGACAGCAGCUCGCAUCAGUGGGUUCUGGGUGAAAAUGGAUCCACAAAAGCCAAACUGGUUCACAUGGCAACGUACCAGCCACCCUCACUUAAAGCUGUCCAGAUGUUGGCUGAGGCACACCUGAAGUCUCUGGACAGAGAAGCGCCCUCUUCUGGAGAGGAAGAGGAGCAACACGAUGAUGAGGAAAAGCAGCAGGCAGCAUCAACUGCAAAUUUAAGAGAAGAAAGCGAACCUUCAACGGAUCUUUGUGAGCUGCUGGGAAGUUCAGCCACAAGAGCCGAGACCACAGAACUGGAGGAAGGAAAGGGGGAAUGACAAAAAGAAGACAACUGGCCAAGAGAGUUUGUAGAGAAUGCGCACAUGUGUGGACAUUUUUUGCGUGUUCAUGGGUGUACAUAUGUGCUUUUUAGGUCUGCAGGUGUGUGCAUGCAUGCAUGCAACAACACAGCGGAAAGUGAAAAAAGAAAGAGCAGAGGAAACAUACAAUCAUCGGGAAAUAAUGCAAAUGAGCAGAUAUGGGUUAAAGUUUAACCUGAGACAGCCAAGAAGGCUGGAGAAAUAUUCCAUGUCAGCUGUAAACACAUCAAAACAGGAAAACCAUGUCAGAUUUUUAGCUGUAUUUUACUUUCUUGGCUACAAAUUGUAAAUUAAAAUGAUAGACCACAUACACCAAAGUGCCACAUAAAUAUAUUUAACAUUUGCAUCAACUACAAUAAUCGCUACUUAUAUAUGUUUGGUCAUAGAUUAUCAGAAUUUCACUCAUUUCACUCUGGAGAUGCAAACUUUGUUGAAUAUUUGCACAAAAGGUCGAUGGAGAAAAGAUGAUGAAUAACAGAUGAUCACAUCUACACAGCUGCCAUAUUAAUAAUUAUGGGGACUAAUCCAACUAAUCAUGAUAAUCUAGCCAUGUUUAUCUGCUGGAACAUUAUCAACAGGCUUUUGUAAGAUGGUCACUAUAGCAAAUGUGAUCAAGUUGAGAAAGCACUUUUAACUGGCAUCGAAAAUCCUACACAGUUAAAUAAAUUACACAGUUACCUAGUAACUGUGUAUUUAUACAGUUAAAUACACAGUUAAAUAAAUUACCUAAAAAGUGUGAAUGGUCAUUUAUUAAGCUGUAUAUAAUAUAUUAACCUGUGUAUAUUACUAAUGGAUUCAUUCUUAAUAAACCUAUUCAAACAAGUUGUUGCUUUAAGUGGGAUUGAACAAUCUGCCUGUAACAAUUAUGCAAU